AUGGUGCUCAAGAAGCUGCUGGGCACGGCGCAGGACCUGUGGCGGAUGCGCCGCAUGCCCGCGCAAGUGCGCGCCAAGGACACGCGACUGGCCUUCACCGACAUCAUCGGCGACGAAAGCCAAAAGGGAAGAUGGCUGCGCACCGGCCCCAUCCUGGAGCUCAUGGACGUGCUGGCUGGAACGAUCUCCUCUCGGGUGUCGCUGGGCCCCACGGCCACCAUCUCAUUCGACCGCGUGGACCUGGUGAAGCCCGUGUUCCACGGAGACCUGGUGCGCGUGGAGGGCGAGGUAAUCGGCCUUAGCAACUCGUCCAUGGCCGUGCAGGUGAGCGGCUACCGACGCGACGUCCCCACGGGCACGUUCCAACACACGCACGACGCCAUCAUCACGAUGGUGGCCAUCAACCGCUUCGGGCGGCCGAGGAAGGGUCUUCCGCAGCUCUUCGACGCGGAGAAAGCCGACUACUGCCUCAAGAUGAGGGAGGUGGCUCACAAGCGCAGGGAGCUGGCCAAGAGAUGGAUGAAGGAGCAGGACGCGGUGGACUUGAUCCCCUUUAUCGGGAGCAACGACUUGCUCCCGGGUGAGACUAAGGACGACUACGUCUCCAUCAGCGACACGGAGAUUGAAGUGCGCAACUGGUUCCUGCCCCGCAACCUCAAUAUUAACGAGACGGUGUUUGGAGGAGACCUGCUGACCUGGAUGGACCGAGCUGCGCUGUACUGCGCCCAGAACUUCACCAAAUCGGAAAAGAUGGUGACCAUCGCUAUGAACCGCGUGUUGUUCAAGCUGCCGAUUUCCGUCUCGGAUGUUGUGACGGCGCGCGCCCGCGUCGUUAACGUUCGUCGCUAUCGUCUGGAGGUAGAGGUGGAGGUGUUCGUCCACUCGGUCGUGGAUGGUGGAGAACGCAAGUCGCACAGCGGAUACUUUACGGUGCUGAACCUGGACGAGAAGGAUGCGUUCAAACAGAUCGACAAGGGGUUGAAGAUUGACGAGGACAACCAGCGUGAGAUGCGGAUGCUCCUGAAGGCGCAGAAGCGUCUGGAGUUCGCCGAGGAGGACAAGAACCUGCACUCGCUCGAGACUUUGGAGCCUCGGCUGUGA